GGGAGAGAAGUGCUGCGGGGGCCACCGGCAUCUAUCUUCUAGUAGAACUACUUCAUCCUCUCUGCAGCCGCCAAUGGGAGACUAGAAGACUGGGAUGGAGGAUACACAAAGUUCUGGCUCCUGGGGAUCUGACAUCGUCUGUAACAAUCUACAAGUCCUGGCACUACCCUCCAUCUCUCCUGCAGCUAGGUGCAUGUGGGCAUAGGGCUGUGGACUGGGCAGAUCUGCACCCAGGACAGAUGGAUCUCCUUCCUCCUCUGACAGUGCUCAGCACAUACCUGUGAACUUCAUCGCCCAGAGCCUGGAGCAGUUUCUUUAUGCACCUCCCAUGGUCGCUUCUAGCCUGGGAGCCUCAUCUUCCAUGUGAUCUGCAUGCUGAGAGCAGCUAUGGGCACCCUGGGAUUGUAUAAGUGGACCUACCAGAGCCUGGCCACACUUGUCACUCUCACACUUGGGAUGCUGUUUUGCAGAGUGGCACAGUCUAGAGGGGCUCAAGAAAACUUCCAAAGGUUUUCAGCACCAUCAACAUAUCUACCUGUAAAUUAUCGAAUUUCCUCUGCAGAAGCUGCCUUCCUGUUGAAGGAGAACAACCAAGAUAUUAUGAGAAACUCUAGCUUGCAAUCGCGGGUUGAAUCCUACUUUGUUCACAAAUCUCGUAGAACUCCUGUCUUAAAUGCCAGUUAUGGCCCUUUUUCUGCAGAAAGAGAAAUGUCAGAAGAUCUGCUGUCACCUUCUGUCUUUGCAUCCAAUAAGUUUACUUUUAACUGGAAACUUAAAACAUAUGUAAUCAAUGAAAAGGUAUAUCCCAACAAACCCAAAGUGCAAGUUUUAUUCUACAUUACAGGUAGAGACUGGGAUGAGUACAGCGAUACAGAAAGACUUCCUUGCCUAAGGUUGUUUGCCUUUCGGGAAACCAGAGAAGCGAAAGGGAGUUGCAGAUUACAGGGGAUAUUGGGCCUAUGUGUGGCAGAACUGGAAUUCCAGUCCAAUUGGUUCACUUCACCCCCUGUAGUAACAGGUCGCAAGAGAAACCAAGAGCAGUCUGAGGGCAUUCCUGUGGAACUUUACUAUAGCAUCCAUUCUGAUGAAGAAAAAAGCGAGUGUGCAGCAGAGGAAGCUAGAAAAGGAAAUGCAAUCCGUCCUGGCAGAGACCAAGGUGAAGAUUCAAUGUCUCAGUUACAGAAGAUUGCAACUAUAACUUUAUAUCGGAAUCCAGAAAAUUCUCAACUUACUGAACUCAGGUUGGACAGCAAUGUUGCUCUCUGGCUGCCAUCGAAGCCCAUCAGGCAAGGAGAAGUUUUACAUGUAUAUGUCACAGUGGCCAACAACUCAACACUAGAUCAGUUCACGUUAAGGGCCAAGGUAAAGAAAGGGGUCAACAUUCUAAAUGUGAAGAUCAGUGACCCAAGACAGUGGGAUGUUAAGCAAGAGCUUGGUAAUGGUGGUAAACAUUCUACCACAACGGUUACUUGCCAGAGAAUUGGACCUAAUCCUCGUAAUAGGAGCAACAGUCUUUUUACGGAGGUCGUUCAGAUGAACUUUGAGAUCACCAGUUUCAGCAGCCUGUCUGGUACACAACCUAUUUCAUGGCAACUGGAGUAUCUUGGAAAAGCAACAACUGACAUGGUCCUCUCAGAAGUCUACAUUAGCCAAAAAGAUAUUUUGGGAAUAGUUCCACUCUCCAUGGACACAGAGAUAUUGAACACUGCUAUCCUUACAGGAAAGACAGUAGCCGUGCCAGUAAAGGUCGUUUCAGUUGAAGAAAAUAGGUCUGUGACGGAUAUUUCAGAACUGGUGGAAUGCAAGUCUUCAGAUGAGGAUGUGGUAAAAGUUUCAGAGAGAUGUGACUAUGUAUUUGUCAACGGCAAGGAAAUGAAGGGCAAAGUUGAUGUGAUGGUGAACUUCACAUACCAGUAUCUGAGUGCACCUCUUCUUAUUACUAUCUGGGUUCCUCGACUGCCUCUCCAAAUAGAUAUCUCUGACACAGAGCUCAGUCAAAUCAAAGGAUGGAGGGUGCCCAUUAUUUCCAACAGGAGACCAACUAGAGACAGCGAUGAUGAUGACGAAGAUGAACGCAGAGGACGAGGCUGUUCUCUUCAGUAUCAACAUGCAGUGGUCCGAGUUCUCACUCAGUUUGUGGCAGAAGACCCCACACCCUUUGGACAGCUUGUAUUCUUGCUGGGCUCCGAUUGGCAGAUAGAUGUGACGGACUUGGUAAAGGAUUUCAUGAAACUAGAAGAGCCUCAUAUAGCAAAGCUCCAAGAUGGAAGACUUCUCAUCGGGAAGGAGAUUGGAAUGACCACAAUGCAAGUGAUGUCCCCUCUCUCCGAUUCCAUCCUGGCAGAAAAGACAGUGACAGUGCUCGAUGACAAAGUGACAAUAACAGACCUUGGAGUGCAGCUUGUCUCUGGACUGUCACUCUACCUUCAUUCUAGCACAGCAAAUAACAAGGCUGUUGUAGUCACCUCUAUGGCACAGGAGCUAUUGCAUACUCCAAAACAGGAAGCAGUGGUCAGUGUCUGGAUACAGUUCAGUGAUGGCUUAGUGACACCUCUUGAUAUCUACGAUCCCAAAGAGUUUACAAUAUCUGCAUCAUCACUGGAUGAAUCCAUUGUUACCACUCACCAAAGCAGUCCAGUAAAGUGGCCUAUUGUAAUAGCAGAAGGUGAAGGACAAGGACCUUUGGUAAAAAUAGACUUUAUGAUAUCUGAAGCUUGUCAAAAAUCAAAGCGAAAAAGCAUUCUUGCUGUGGGAAAUGGUUAUAUAAAAGUAAAAUUUGGGCAAAAUGAUGCCAUUUCUCCAGGUGGAGCUGAAUACGACGAGGAAGACAUUGAAAACCACACUAGUGACCGUAGGCAGAAAGUGUCAGAGUCUGAUCAUUACGGAAAUGAUGGAAGAUAUGAUGGUUCUCUUCUGGAGCGUGAAAAAAGUGCCAUAAGAAAAGGAAGUACCACAGCUAGGUCUGUGAUAAAUAGCAGAAUAGAUGGAAAUAAGCUCUCUGAAGAUAGUCCUCUGCAAAAUAUUCCAAUUGAUUUUACCAAUUUUCCAGGUCAAGUGGACUUACCAAGAAGCAAUGGUGAGAUGGAAGAUAAUGACCUUAUAAAUGCACCAAGAGGACUGAGUGAUCUAGAGAUAGGAAUGUACGCUUUGCUUGGUGUUUUCUGUCUUGCCAUAUUAGUCUUCCUAAUUAAUUGUGCAACAUUCGCCCUCAAAUAUAGACACAAACAGCUGCCAAUAGAAGGCCAAGCUAAUAUGACUCACUCACAUGACUGGGUAUGGCUUGGUAAUGAAACAGAGUUGUUGGAGAGCACACCAGAUGUAUCACCCCAGCAGGAUGAACAUACUACUAUCAUAGAUAGAGGAAUUACCUUAGAAGAGAGUCAUCAUCUCUUUAAUGGUAACUCCCAAAAGAACCUGCAGAGCCAAACACAUCGGUCAACAGAAGAAACUGAAAAAGCUAUCAAAAACAAGAAAAAUGAUCCUCUACAUUCCCCAACUUCAAAAAGAAAGCGAGUAAAAUUUACUACGUUCACCACUAUUCCAGCUGAUGACAGCUGCCCAACAGUCAACUCAUUGUUGACGUCCAAUGAGGAUGAUAUUAAGUGGGUAUGUCAAGAUAUGGACUUGGGAGAAUCUAAGGACCUCAGAAACUAUAUGCAAAAGCUCAAAGAUAAAAUAUAACUUGGGGAGGGGGAAGAAAUUCCACAUAUUUUGUUGCCUUUGGUUUUAUACAGUAGAAAACAUAAUGAUGAGAAAUAUGGAUGAAAAACUGAAUAUUAUGAAAUAGAUGCCAAAAUGAGUGUAGUUUUCUAAGAAACUCACAUUAGGGCCGGUUAUAUGGAUUUAAAAACCUGAACAACUCAGCCAACGAAUGUCAUAUGUACAGUACAGUGAGAUUCGGGAGAGAAUAAAAUCACAAUCAAAGUGGUCGUACCAAAAAUGGUUUGUAAAAAAAAAAAAAAAAAUUAACUUAGCAAAAAAAAAGUAAUUUUAUAUUUCUAAGAAAUUGUAACUACAGGAUAGGAAGUAAAUUGAUAUUUUCAGAAAUCAUAAAAAGGCAACUGCUAGUUCUAGUUUCUGUAAAUAUGUACAAUAUUAAGGGUGUGGAGGAGAGACACAAUUUUGUGCUGCCAAACUUUUCUGAAAUAUACAGUACAUGGUUACACAUUUAGAUCUUCAUCAGUCUUAAAUAAAUGUUAAAUCUACUUAUUAGGCCCAUCUAUGGCCUCCUACUGGAGUCAAUAUAGCCCGAAUAUGAAGAAAUUCUUGUCAUGCAUUCUUCUCUGUUAUGUUACAUUGUGAAAUUCUGAUAAACAUUUGUACAAACCAUAAUGUGUUUAUUUGGCAAGUUCAACAUCAACACAAGUCUAAGUUCCUCUAAUGUGUUCUCUUAAUAACAGAUUUGGUUUUAACGAAAACAUAAUUUUUUUUUAGAUUAUUUCCUCUCUUAUUAAUAAGCUUCUAUGUGACACCUGCCUCAAGGGAAACUUCCACAGUCACUGCUGGAAAAGCAUCUGUGUAUUUGAUGAUUGCUUGGUUGUGUUGUGUGCAUAUUGAUGUUGACUUAUUUGAAAAUGGGUUCAUGGACACAAAAAGUUAUUUCUUUCUUUGAAUAUUUCCAUGAUUUCUACCUUCAGUGGUCAAGGACUCAUAAUUGUUCAGACUCAUAGAGUUCUAUGGGCACUGUGUUACAGAUUUGUAUCACACAGCUCCAUACCAUGGUCUUGUGCAUGAGGCCUUAGACUGUACUUUAUUAAAGGGGUACUCCGCUGGAAAAAAAAAAUUAAUCAACUAUUGCCAGAAAGCUGAACAGAUUUGUAAAUUACUUCUAUUUAAAAAUCUUAAUCCUUCUAGGACUUAUCAGCUGCUGUAUAUGAUCAACAGGAAGUUCCUUUCUUUUUGAAUUUCUUUUCUGUCUGACCACAGUGCUCUCUGCUGACACCUCUGUCCAUGUCAGGAACUGUCCAGAGCAGGAACAAAUCCCCAUAGCAAACCUCUCCUGCUA